UCCCCAAAUAAAGUGGUUAAAUUUUCUACUUCUGUUUUCUAGGUUUUCAUUGUCGUUCUCUGCGGGAAGGUGGGAAGGAAGGUAUGGCUUCCGAUCUGUGCAUCGAAAGGAACGAUUCCAAAUGGGAGAUUGUGUCUGCUUCUCCUGCUAAGAAGCAAAGGUACGAGGGUUAUGCUUCCUCACCACCACCACUGCCAUGUUCAUCAGCAAAAGAAGAAAAAGAAGACCCUAGAUCUGAAAUCGUAUUCUAUAACUAUGAUGAUGAUUCAGAUGUGGAAGAUGAUAGUGAUGGAAUGCAUGAGUUUACUGAUAAGGAAUUGCAAGAGUAUGAUAGACAGUUAACCCAAAGUGAUGGUUUUGAUGUCAUGUACUUCCCACGCUCCUUUGCGUUCGGUACAACAAUGCCGGUUUUUAACCUCGAUGAGAUUGCCAACAAACUCAAAAUUUUUUCGGAAUUAGCUCUUAAGCAAUUCAAUGAGAAAGAGGGUAGGAAUCUGGAGUUUGUGAAGAUUGUCAAGGCAAACAGGACAAUUUGUGCUGGGAGUAGGUAUUAUAUUACGUUUGACGUCAAGGAUGCCAAUGCUGUUGAUGAUGGUACUAUGGAAUUUCAAGCUUGUGUCUGGGGUGGGAUCGGCCACACUGAUGUACUCAUUUCUAGGCUGAAAGCCAGCACCUAAUCAUGCAAAAAAGAACCUUUAUUGAUGAAAAAACCGAACAAAAAAGGAGAUUACAUCAAAUAAAGGAGAGGAAGAGUAACAAGCAUCAUAGCAAACUAAUCCAAUCCCAACUAGGUUGGCACCGAGAAGAGAGCCCAAUCAUCUGCAAGUUCAACCCUAGGAGUUUGGUGAGGGACCAAACCCGAAGAGAAAGAAGACCAAAAACAUGACACAACACUAAAAAGAGACAGAUCCCAAUCUGAUCAUACACCAAAUCAGACCUGGGCACAGAGAUAAUGCCAUAAUGCUAUCGGCAGAUUACAGCAGAAAAUAUCCCAUAAAACAGUAGAACCACCCAUAGCAGCUGCCCUGGAAUUUGAGAACUCAUAGAGCCUCACUUUUGGAGAGAAGAUGAUGAGUGCAACUUCAGCAUCACAAAGGACUGAUAACUCAAAGGCCUUCUUGAGAAGCCCACU